GAAACCCAAAGUAUGCCUCCCACGGCACAGAGCCAAGUUACCCCGUUUGUUACAAUGCCUACAGGUCACAGUGAAACUACUCAGGUCCCCGUGGCGCCUCACACACCAGCUGUUGUGCAAAUUAAGAAACGUAAGAAAAUCAGACCACCACCCAACCAGACCAGUAUGGCUAUCGAAAGGCAAAAUACCUAUAUCGGAGCCAGCUCAGCACAAGGCACGGCUCCAUUGGGAGAAAACCAAAGAAUGCCUUCAGCGCAGAGCCAAGUUACCCCAUUUGUUACAAUGCACAGGGAUCAAAGUGAAAUUACUCAGGUCCCCGUGGCGUCACACAAACCUGCUCUUGCGCAAGCUACGAAACGAACGAAUGUCAAAGUACCACCAUCCAAGAAUAAUGCAACUUUAAAAGAACAGCAGACCGAUGUUAGAUCCAGUUCAGCCCAAGGCGUGGCUCAAUUGCCUGAAUCGCCCAGUUUGUAUGACCAGGCACAAAUACGCGUUCCUUUGAUUCUCAAGAAAAGGGAAACUAUAUCGAAGUUCGCAGAGGCUACGGUCCCCAUGUCAUCAGAGGGAUCGGCAGUUGUGCAGACUCAGAAAGGUAGGAAAAUAGAAGCAACAACAACCCAGGACAAAACGGCGUCCGAAAAUCAAGCGAUGACCGAAAUCGACUACAGGCCAGCCCUGAUGAAGUCGACAAGCGACCAAGUAGCCUCCAAGUUGGAGAAACAACAUCUCAUUAAAGUACCAGAGAGUUCAUUUUCAUCUGCUCUCGCACAUGGACAUUGCCAAGUCUUAAAGAAAAAGGAACGUGUACCGAAGACUUCCAGGACGCAUGACUAUAAUUCUCAGACUACCCUGGUCCCCAUGGUGCCGAAAAGUGCAGUAGAGGUGCAACCAAAGAAAAGAAAGCUGUCUUUCCAGACUUGAAAAAAAAAUGUUGCAAAUUUAGAUAU